AUGUCGGAACCUGAACCUAACACAACAAUCGAAUGUACGAAAUCGAUGCCUUGUAUUGAAUUUCCAUCUCCCAUAUUAGAUACAUCCAACCAUUCAUUGGGGUCUUACAAAAGUUGCGAUGUAGUUCGUGAGCAGGAAAUCCAGAAACCUAUUGAAAGAUCAUCAAACGUAAAAGCUUUGAUCGAAAAACAUAGGUCAUUUCAAGACAAAUUACUAAAUGCUAAAGUUAACGAUUUCAACACUAAGAAGAAAUCGUUCGCCAAUGCUUAUAAAAAUUUAUGUAGUACGUACAACGAUUGCAUAAAAAUGAAAGGUGACACAAAGCAGGUGGAAAACGUCAACAGUUUUGUGAAAAAUCAUAUGUUUGAAGUUUUUAAUGCCAACGUUAUAUUAAAUAAUCCCAAACCACUUGAUGUAGAAAAAUAUGUGUUAAAAUCCGACGAAAUCGAUUUCAAAACUGGAACGCCCGAGUUAGAUAAAAUUUUAACCGCUAUGGGCAAGCGUUUUUGGCAAAAUAUUGUUUCUGUAGUCAGCGUUAACGAUGCCUAUUACCAAUGUUUGACACAGAUAAUGGACACUAGAAAAUUUAAACAUUUCGAAGACGUAAUAGUUCAUGUCAAUUCAACGUUAAAAAUAGCAGGCGAUGAUUUUGAACUAAUCAGAUCGGAACUUGUCGCUUCUUCUAAGGAAUAUAUGGAAAAGUUCGGCAUCGUAUUGAACAGUAAAUUAAACGAGAAAUCAAAGAAAAUUCUACCAUCGAACCACAAUAGUAAGAUGAAUGCGCUCAGAAUGGAGUUAGCCGAAAAUAAGAGGCGCACGAAAAUCGCCGAAAACAGUAUCGCACGACUUCAAAAGGAAAAGAAAGACUUGUUGAACAUAUUAACCAGUUACGAUUCUGAAAACGUUCACAAAGUAUCUCUGGAAAAGCGGCUCGAAGCUGAGAAACAGAAAAACAACGAAUUACGAGAUUUAAUUAGUACUAAUUUCAAAAAGAAAAUACUUUUUAAUAUCACCCCGCCAAUAAAUAGCGACAUUGAAUAA